GGGGCGGUCCUGCGCUGUCUGCACCGCCCUCCCUCCGCUCCGCUCUUCUCCUCCCAGUCUCCCCCGCGCUUCCUGCACUAGGGGUUGUCGAAGUCGCCGCUGCCCCCCGUCCCGGCUUGCUCGUACUGGCGGUUCCAUGGCGGCCUUCAGCAAGUACUUGACGGCGCGAAACACCACGCUGGCUGGGGCCGCGCUUCUGCUGCUCUGCCUUCUCCACAAGAGGCGCCGCGCCCUCGGCCUGCACGGUAAGAAAAAUGGAAAACCACCAUUACAGAACAAUGAGAAAGAGGGGAAAAAAGAGCGAGCUGUGGUGGACAAGGUGUUUUUUUUAAGACUCACACGGAUUCUGAAAAUCAUGGUCCCUAGAACAUUUUGUAAGGAGACAGGUUACUUGGCACUUAUUGCUGUUAUGCUGGUGUCUCGAACAUAUUGUGAUGUUUGGAUGAUUCAAAAUGGGACACUCAUUGAAAGUGGUAUCAUUGGUCGUAGCAGGAAAGAUUUCAGGAGAUACUUAUUCAACUUCAUCGCUGCCAUGCCUCUCAUCUCUGUAAUUAAUAACUUCUUGAAGUUUGGGUUAAAUGAGCUCAAACUGUGCUUCCGAGUAAGACUAACUAAAUACCUCUAUGAGGAGUAUCUCCAAGCUUUCACAUAUUAUAAAAUGGGAAAUCUGGACAACAGGAUAGCCAAUCCAGACCAGCUGCUUACACAGGAUGUAGAAAAGUUUUGUAACAGUGUAGUUGAUCUGUAUUCAAAUCUUAGUAAGCCAUUUUUAGACAUAGUUUUGUAUAUCUUCAAGUUAACAAGUGCAAUAGGAGCGCAGGGCCCAACAAGUAUGAUGGCCUACUUGAUUGUUUCUGGGCUACUCCUAACUCGACUUAGAAGACCCAUUGGUAAAAUGACAAUAACUGAGCAAAAGUAUGAGGGAGAGUAUAGAUUCGUUAAUUCCCGGCUCAUCACAAACAGUGAAGAAAUUGCCUUUUACAACGGGAAUAAGAGAGAAAAGCAGACAAUCCACUCGGUCUUCCGAAAACUGGUGGAGCAUCUCCAUAAUUUCAUUUUGUUUCGGUUUUCUAUGGGCUUCAUUGAUAGCAUAGUUGCCAAAUAUCUUGCCACUGUUGUUGGUUACCUAGUUGUAAGUCGUCCUUUCCUAGAUUUGUCUCAUCCUCGACAUCUCAAGAGUACACAUUCAGAACUUCUAGAGGAUUACUAUCAAAGUGGAAGAAUGCUUUUGCGAAUGUCUCAAGCUCUGGGUCGGAUAGUUUUGGCUGGCCGUGAAAUGACUAGAUUGGCUGGUUUUACUGCUCGGAUUACAGAAUUAAUGCAAGUACUGAAGGAUUUAAAUCAAGGCAAAUAUGAGCGCACAAUGGUCUCGCAACAGGAAAGGGGUAUUGAAGAAGGAGCACAAGUUAUUCCCUUGAUACCUGGUGCUGGAGAAAUCAUCAAUGCUGAUAACAUUAUAAAAUUUGAUCAUGUUCCUUUAGCAACGCCAAAUGGAGAUAUCUUGAUCCGAGACCUUAAUUUUGAAGUUCGAUCUGGGGCCAAUGUUUUAAUUUGUGGUCCAAAUGGCUGUGGGAAGAGUUCACUUUUCCGUGUUCUUGGUGAAUUAUGGCCUCUUUUUGGAGGAUGUCUAACUAAACCUGAGAGAGGGAAGUUAUUUUAUGUUCCUCAGAGACCUUAUAUGACUCUUGGAACACUUCGAGACCAAGUGAUAUAUCCAGAUGGAAGAGAAGAUCAGAAAAGGAAGGGGAUAUCUGAUCUAGUACUAAAGGAAUAUUUAGAUAAUGUCCAGUUGGGUCAUAUCCUUGAACGUGAAGGAGGCUGGGACAGUGUUCAGGAUUGGAUGGAUGUCCUCAGUGGUGGAGAGAAGCAAAGAAUGGCGUGCUGUAACAUGAGAUUAAUCUGUAGAGGAAUGAAUCAUAAAGAAAAGAAAAGAGAUGUCAGCCAUACUCAAAAUGGAAAUUGGGUGGUAGGAGUGAGAAUAUGA